AGAGAGAGAGGAGAGAGAGAGAGAGAGAGAGGGAGGGUAGAGAGAGAGGGGGAGGGUAGUGUCGGAGCAGUAGUGACGCAAACUCUGAGCAGCGGAAUGAAGAAGGGAAAAGGAGUCCAAGUUCGUAGUCCUCCUCCUCCUCCUCCUCCUCCUCCUCCUCAUCACUCCCCAACCGUUGAUUUUGAUCACAACGACGACGAUUUUCCUCUCCCCACCGCGCGAUUUGCUUCCCGAAACGCUUCUUCCAAAUACGAUUUCGUCAAGGUACGAGUAUGGCUCGGCGAUAAUGCAGAUCAUUACUAUGUAUUAUCCAGAUUUCUCCUCAGUCGAAUGCUAACUGUCACUAAGAUUCCCAAUCAUGUUGCCAUCAAAAUCGCUCUUGAACUCAAGAAGCUCCUUAUAGACAAUAGCCUUCUAGAUGUUUCUCAGUCAGAUUUGGAGGCCAAUUUAUUUAAGCUAAUGGAGCGGCGUGGCUAUGGAGAGGAGUAUAUAAAUCGUUAUAAGAUGAUGACCAGGUUUCACCACCAGAGAGUUCCUUUGGUAGUUCUUGUGUGUGGGACGGCAUGCUCUGGGAAGAGUACAAUUGCCACCCAACUUGCUCAGCGUUUGAACUUACCGAAUGUUUUGCAAACAGACAUGGUCUAUGAGUUGUUACGCACGUCUACCGAUGCUCCAUUGACUUCAACUCCAGUAUGGGCCAGAGAUUUCGAGUCCUCUGAGGAACUCGUAACUGAAUUUUGUAGAGAAUGCAGAAUUGUCCGGAAAGGUUUGGCUGGGGAUUUAAAAAAAGCAAUGAAAGAUGGGAAACCUAUUAUAAUCGAGGGAAUCCAUUUGGAUCCGAGUAUUUACUUAAUGGAUGAGGAAAAUCAGGAGAUCAAUGUGAAUACAAAUGGUAAUUGUGCAAACAAUGUAUCAGAAGAUAUCUCUGCAGCUACAAAUGGAAGUGUUCCAGGAGUUGCUUCUGACGUCCAAAAUGUUAGUGAGGCAGAGAGUGAGAAGCCCUUGCCAGAGACUUUGCGCACAGAAGGAAAAUUGUCUGACCAGGUUUCAGAAGUUAUGGGCAAUCUUGAAUCUCUUGAAAUUGUGGAAAACUCAUUUGAAUGCCAAGGGUUUGUAGCUGACACAGCAAGGGUUCAGGAAUCAAAAACAGAAAAGUCAGGAAAGAAUGGAAAGCCAGCUGCUGAGCCAGUAAUCAUCCCCAUAGUAUUAAAGAUGGCUGAUUUUGAUCACAAGGCAUUGCUUGAGGAAUGGAUAUCCGCUCGAACAUUUGGGGACAAAGGUCUAGCUCAGGACCCGGAUGUUCUUAUAAGCAAUUUGAAAACUAUUCAGGACUACCUCUGUUCAUUUGAAUCACGGGGUAUGACAGUGGUCAACAUUUCUGCAACAACUUUUCCUCAAACAUUGGAUUGGCUGCAUGGCUAUCUUUUACAGCGCAUCGAACAGGGUAUUUCUCAUGCUUCUUCUGAUAGAAACCCGGUAUCUGAAGCCCAUUGAUAGUGAAGCCAUGCAACAUGAGUUUUUCAUCAAAAGUGAUACGAUGUUGAAUAUUCAGGUAACAGUUAUUCAGUGUAACAUUUAAUUGUCAUGGUGAAACCCUAAUUAUCACUUAAUAAAGAAAAAACAUUUGUAACAAA